GGCUCCUACUCUACUGAGCAUGUUUUGUUACUAUUCCUUCCUUUAAACCUGUUCUGUGUAAACCUAAUUGAGUUAACUUUUACCCUUUUUCAGACUUUAUUGCGGGUAUUCUGAUGGUCCUGCUGGUAUUAACAGUUGCAAUCUAGAGAACAUCAAGUAAAGGGACAUGUCUGUAGUUCAAAUUGUCUAAAAUAAAGGUAAAAAAAAUGGAGGAGAUUAAUAUUCAGCCGUGUGGUGUCUCAAGUGAUGGUGCAACACAGAGUCAACAACAGCCAGAGCACAUUGCUGGUGAUCUUCAGUCUGAAGGACAGCAGCAAGGGAAGACAGUGGAGGCCGAGGAAAAGCUAGAAUUUAACAGAUGUCAUUUGACUUUAGAAAAGGAACAAAGUCACGUACAUCAACAAAAUACUCAACAGAGACUGGGUGAAGCUGGGAAAGAAGGAGAAGGGAAGCAGAUAGAGAUGAAUGAAAUUAUGCCUAAGAAGCAAGAAGCUUCACAAGGGAACCAGAAAGUGAUUUGCACACUCAAGGGCGAGAUUCCAAAGGGAGAAGAACAUAAGAGGGAUAAAAAGAAUGUUGAGCAACCCCCCAGAAAACAGAAUAAAAAUGCAGAGAUGCAACAGCAGAAACAGACUAAAAAACAAAAAGACCCAGUGUCAGAAAACCAGGAGCGUAUCAACUACCUCGUGCAGGUCUCAAAAGUUCUUGCAACAAUGCCUCCGUUACAGCAGAAGGAAAAUCAUCCCAGGAAUCAUGAAUGUGCUGACCAAGCCCUUGCUUCACAGACGGGUGCCUUGGCUGCAGCCAUUGGUCGUCGUUGUGUGAUGCGUUUGUCCCCUGCACUGAAGCGCUCCCUCUGCAAAGGGUGUGGAGUGGCCUUAGUAUAUGGUGUCAAUGCAAGGGUUAGACACAGGUCUCGUCGCCAAAAGCACUUAGUCGUCACAUGUCUUGCUUGCCGGACUAUCAAAAGAUUUGUUAAUGAUCCAAAGCAUAAACUUUGGUGUGAACAAGAAGAAGCCAUAUUGUAGCUUAUCAAACAUGAUAAAAUAACUGUGUGUGAAGCACAAGGAGCCAAACUUAAUUCAGUGGACAGCAAUAAAUUUAAUAUUCAUAUUGUAAAUUUGUUCUACAAGUAAAGUUUUAGUGAUGCCAGAUUUGAGUCUUUAAAGCAUUGCAUGAACUAUUUUUAUAUAACUUCGCAAAAUAUGAGUAGAUUGCAUCAUGAAAUUGCAUGGUUUUGUAUUUUUGUAUGGCAUGUAGUUUUCCUUCCAUUAAUACUGUAUCCUGAAUGAUCAAACAGAUGUAUAUUAUUACUCUGGAUUCUAAAUAGUAACACAUUUCUUAUGAAAUUACAUAUGGCACAAAGCUUCUUUUUGAGCUGCAUUUCAUAUAGUUAAGGGGGAAUUCCAUGUAGACAUUAUAUAUUCAUUCAUACACUUAAGCUCCAUAGUAUCUAGUCAUGCUUAAAAUUUCAAUGUUGAGACUGUGAGUCAUAAACUAACACGAACAUAUUUAUGAGAUAUUCCCAGCAUGUUUUUGACUAAGCUUAGUGUUUGUACAGAACUGAAGUGAAAAAUUGUUAGCAUCUACUGUAUAAAAGUAAAGAAAUUUUGAGUAGAUGUAAGAAGUUUAUUUGUUUUGUUAUUAUUAUUGCAUAGUUUUUGUAAGAUUACUGUAAAACUAGAAAAUACUUUUUUCACACUGGAGGAAAACAUUCUUGUAUCAUAAUGAUAUUUUCUCAAAAGAGGUUAAUUGUAUUCGUACAUUAUUUUUCCAGAAAACUUUGUGACUUAUUUUGUGCAUAUAUCUAUUUAUAUGUGACUAUUACAAGUAAAUGUUGAGAUGACCAUU